AUGGGGCGGAUACCGCCACGAGCUGAAGAGGAGCGGAGACGUGCCGACGAGGAAAAACGUGCUGAAGAGAAGCGUGCUGCGGAGAAGCGUGCUGCGGAGAAACGUGCUGAGGAGAAACGUGCUGAGGAGAAACGUGCUGAGGAGAAGCGCGCCGAAGAGAAGCGUGCCGAAGAGAAGCGCGCCGAAGAGAAGAAACGCGCCGAGGAGAAGGAGAGAAAGGCAAAGGAGGAAGAGCACAGACGAGCCAAAGAAGCCAGGAAGAAGGCCAAAGAAGAAGAGUUCAGGCGAGCUGAAGAGGCCAAGAGGAGAAAAGAAGAGGAAGCAGAGCGCGAGCGAGCCGCAAAGGCCAAAGCCCAAGAGGAAGAACGCAGACGCUUUGAAGAGGAGCGUAAGCGUGCUGAAGAGGCCAAGCGACAAGCAGAGGAUGCCAAACGACAGGCCGAAGAGGCCAGGCGACAAGCUGAAGAGGCCAGACUGAAGCGCGAGGCUGAGGAAAGGAGACUAGCUGAGGAGGAGAGGAAGAGACGUGAAGCCGAGGCCCAAAGGCUAGCCGAAAAGGAGAGGAGAAGACGCGAGGCAGAAGCACAGCGACUAGCUGAAGAGGAAAGGAAGAAGCGUGAAGCCGAGGAAAGAAGACUGGCCGAAGAGGAGAGGAAAAGACAGGAGGCUGAAGCACAGCGACUAGCCGAAGAAGAGAGAAAGAAACGCGAGGCCGAGGAGAGGAGGCUAGCUGAAGAGGAGAGAAAGAAGCGCGAGGCAGAAGCACAGAGGCUAGCCGAAGAGGAGAAGAAGAGGCAAGAGGAAGCCGAACGACAACGCAUAGCAGAGGAGGAACGCAGGGCCGACGAGGAACGCCGGAAAGCUGAAGAAGCUCGCCUGGCGGCCGAGGAAGCCAAGAAAAAGAAGGAAGAGGAGGCUCGCAGACGAGCAUGGGAAGAACUCAAACGCGCUGAAGAAGCACGACAAAAGAGGGAAGCCGAGCAAAAGGCCAAAGAAGAAGCAGCCAACCUGUGUCUGACCAAAGACCCAUCCCAUGACAAGCAUGAUGACGGCCAGCAGAAUGACGCCAUUGCCGCCCGUCGAGACGCCUUGCCUAACAAUCAAGAAGUAUUGUUUGACGUGGGGCUCGGCGGCCCUCCAAAGAACUAUGCUGGCUAUGGUGCUGAGGACGCCAGCGAUGAAGCUGUUCUGCUGCACGCCCAUGCUGGGCAGGUAUAUGAAGCCGCCACCCGAAGCGUGCGGGGGUAUGAUGAAGAUGUCAUAGUUGCCUGGCGGAAGACCACCGCUUGGGGCGGGUGA